AUGUCGCGUUUUCACGCAAAAAGUUUACGUCUAGGUAUUCGACAAGAAUGGGAUACAACGCAAUACCUAUUUCACCCGCGUAAAAAUUCUACUGUAUCGCAUGAUGAAAGCGCGAAAUCUGCUAUAAGGCAUUUCUUUCACUCACAAAACGUACUUGUGGCUUUUGGUCCUGGUUCGAUUAAACACCACCCUGCAAAAGUUUCAUUAAAGUUAUAUUAUUAUGCACCGCAACCUCGCAAUAGAAGAGAACGUGCCUCGCCUAUAUCACACAUUGCGUCUUUGUUUCCAAGAGCACGAAAUUCAAUAAAUGACUAUAUUGAUAACAGGGAUUUUACAUUUACAGC